AUGUCACUUAUGAUUAUUGAAUUCAAAUGUGCAUGCCAUGGUACAAUGUCUAAUGCUGCGUGUUCUAGUUGGGAGGUAUUCCAUCCUGGAGCCAAUAGAGAUGGGUACUGGACUAGUGCUCAUAUGUUGAAGCAAUUGGAGAGUAAUGCAAUUCCUCUAUUUGAAGUAAUUCACCCUGGAUGUAAGGCCGUCUUUGUAUUCAAUCAAAGUACAAACCACAAGGCGUACAGUCAAAAUGCUUUAAUAGCAAAUAAAAUAACCUUAGGUGACAAAGAGGUUGAAGAAGAUGAUCUUUGUACACUGAGGGACACUACUUUUGUCUGGGAUGGUGAAGAACAAGUACAGACAAUGUACUACAAGAAGGACAAGUGGUUUACAAAGAAGAGCGGGCAGUGGGUGACGAAGAAGUUGGGGAAGAACCCAUACAAUCCUACCAAGAAAUGGAGAUUUGACUGCAAAAAAGACGCUUCUGAAGAUAGCAAGUGCUGUGCACAUCAUUUUCUGGCUUCUCAGCCAGAUUUUAUAUCACAGAAAACUGCACUUCAUGAGGCUGUCAAAGUAUCUGACCACAUCUUCAAGUUAUACCCUAAGUUCCAUUGUGAAUGCAAUUGGAUCGAGAGGUACUGGGGCGCUGCCAAAUGUGAAGCUUGGCUUCAGUGUGAUUAUACACAUAAGUCUCUGGAUAAAAAUAUCUAUUCUUUUCUUGAUCAUGCUGGAAAGCUUCAAAACAUCUGA